ACAGCAAAAAACUCCAUCCUUUAAUCAUAUAUUUUUUUCCUCUGAAUACAAAUAUAUCAUGGACGGAGAUGCCACCAGCCGGUUCGUGCCGGAAUAUCGUCGAACCACAUUUAAGAACAAGGGACGUUUUCAAAGUGAUGAAUUAAGAAGAAGAAGAGAAACUCAUCAGGUUGAUUUGAGAAAGCAAAAAAGAGAAGAAGUGUUAUCCAAGAGAAGAAACUUCACUAACGCCGAUACCAACGAUUCCGAAGAUGAAGAUGAAUAUGGCUUGGAAGGAAACACAGAUGAAUCCAAGUUCUAUAGCAACUUGUUGCAAGAAUUACCUAGAAUGGUGGAAUUAAUCAAGUCUCCCGACUUUGAUGAUCAGUUGAAUGCUACCGUUAAAUUCAGACAAAUCUUGUCCAGAGAACAUAAUCCUCCCAUCAAUGCCGUUAUCCAGUCGGGGGUUAUUGCCACUUUGGUGGAUUUCAUGAAAUCCUCUCAUCCUGAUAUGUUGCAAUUGGAGGCUGCUUGGGCUUUGACCAAUAUUGCCUCAGGUAACUCUGAUCAAACCAGGGUGGUUGUUGAGGCCGGUGCCGUGCCUUUGUUUGUGGAGUUAUUGAGUUCCCAGUCGGUUGAAGUCAAAGAGCAAGCGAUUUGGGCUUUGGGUAACGUUGCAGGUGAUUCGACCUCUUACAGAGACUUUGUUUUGGAGUGUGGUGCAAUGCUUCCGGUGUUGGACUUGUUCAACAGCACCAAAAUGUCCUUGAUCAGAACUGCUACCUGGACCUUAUCCAACUUGUGUAGAGGUAGAAACCCUCAACCUGAUUGGUCUAUAGUGAGCCAAGCUAUUCCUACCUUGGCCAAGUUGAUCUACUCCAUCGACACCGAGACCUUGAUUGAUGCGUGCUGGGCGGUUUCCUACUUGUCGGACGGAACCAGUGAAGCCAUUCAAGCGGUUAUUGAUGCUAGAAUACCCCAUAGAUUGGUUGAAUUGUUGGGCCAUGAAUCUACUUUGGUCCAAACCCCAGCCUUAAGAUCCAUUGGUAAUAUUGUCACUGGUAAUGAUUUGCAAACGCAGGUUGUGAUCAACACAGGAGCCUUGACUGCUUUGGGUCCUUUAUUGAGCUCUCCCAAAGAAACUAUCAGAAAGGAAGCCUGUUGGACCAUAUCUAAUAUCACUGCCGGAAACACUGAACAAAUACAAGCAGUUAUUGAAGCUAAUUUGAUUCCACCUGUUUUAAGAUUGUUGGUCAAUGGUGAUUACAAAACCAAAAAAGAAGCCUGCUGGGCCAUCUCCAACGCCUCUUCUGGUGCCUUGACCAAGCCUGAUCAAAUCAGAUACCUUGUGAGCCAAGGAUGUAUUAAGCCAUUGUGUGACUUGUUGGCCGUUGGCGAUGCCAAGAUUAUCGAGGUCACCUUGGACUCCUUGGAGAAUAUUCUUAAGAUGGGUGAAAUGGAUAGAGAAGCUCGUGGUGCUAGUGUCAACGAAUACGCUUUAUACAUUGAAGAAGCUGGAGGAAUGGAUAAAAUCAGUGAAUGCCAAAGCAAUGAAAAUGAGAAGAUCUACGAGAAGGCUUAUCAUAUUAUCGUCAAGUACUUUUCCGAAGAAGAUGAUCAAACUGAUGAUGAUAUGGUUCCUCAGGCAUAUGGGGAAACUUUUGGAUUUGGCGUUCAGGAUCAAGAUCAAACUCAAAACUUCCAGUUCUAAGCCAAUGUCCUCACUAUAUCUCUUCAUACCUCUUGAUCCCCUUUUUGCUGAUGGUUUCUUCUUCUAUUUAUAUUAGUACUAACUCUUACAACUCUAUCAUCUGUUAAAUAGUCUCCCUCUUCUUUUAUAGGCUUUUACAGGUAUCACCUCUGCAUCUUAUAAAUAUACUUCAAUUAUUG